GCAUUGUGAUGAUCAGCUAACGGUAGCAUAUUGUCGUACGAUGAUAUGAGCUAGCUGCCUUGAUAAUUAGCUAACUUAGUUCGUCACCGCUGCCUUUACAGACAACUAGCCAGUUGUCUGACAAGGCCGAUGUUGCUAGCGGCGGAGGAGAUUAAUUUAUUGUUUUGCAUCAUGUCCAAAUCGUUCCUUUAUUUCUAGCUAGCACUGCAGGCUAGCGUAGUUGACAGCGGCAAACAAAGCGUGACUAAUCAGUUUGUUUAAAAACAAAACGACAUGGAGCAGUGGCAGGACGUGGCCUCUCAGCAGGUCAAGCUGCUUACAAAUCGUGUGAAUGAACUGUUGUCCAAAGGCCUGGGGCUGCUGCGCUCCGAGCUCGGCGUGGAUUUGGGACUGAAGCCUGAUCUUAUUCCGCCAUGGGUGAUCCUCUUAGCGGCAUGUAUCGGACUGGUGCUGAUGGUCGCUCUAUGGGCCUCACUCUGCCGGCCUCGUAUCAAGAAACGAUCCGCAGUAAGCCCUGUGGACGACGGCAUCAAAUUAAAGCGAGGUGCCAGUAAACCUGUCAAAUCAGAGGAACCGAAGAAAAAGAAGAAGAAGGCAGAAAAGAAAGCCCAGCCAAAUGGAAGAGCUGUUGAAGAACCACAGGGGGAAGCCAUUGUGUCCGAGGAUAUAAUGCCACAUCAGCAGCAGCCGCCACCAGAAGUCAAGGCUGAAAAGGCUACAGAGGUGAAGAAGGCAAAGAAGAAGGCCAGACAGGCUGUAAAGGAGACCAAGACAGUGAGUGCAGAUGGCAAAGAACCUGAAGAAGGCACAUGGGAGACCAAGGUCAGCAACAAAGAGAAGCGUGAGCAGCGCAAGAAGGACAAGAAUUCCAGUGACGGCUCAGCUAGUCCAGGAGGAGGCAACACAGCUGCGAGUGCUCCACCGGAGCAGCCCAAGGCCCCUGCAGCCUCCAUGCCUGUGAACCAGAAGAAAAAGAAAGGAGAAUCCACAAAGGUGAAGGCGGAGAAGGUGGAAGCUGCAUCUCAAGUUAACAGCACUGGAGCGGCAGUGGCGCCUGCUGGUGCAACUCGCGUGGCAGUCAAGGCUCCUGCUCACAGUGUUGCUCCAGAGACGGGCCCCUGGACAACCAGCAGAGAGCCAGCGUCACUGUGGAGGACAGAUAUUGAUGAGUCGUGGACUGUGAUUGACAGGGGGAUGACUACAACAGAGUUGAAUCUGUCUUUUGCUGGACUGGGGGUUGCUGCUGCUAAGCCCCAGCCUGUGGGCAGUAACCUGCCUUGGCUCAGUCAGCCCAGAGUAGACGACGAGUGGUCUGGACACAAUGGUGGCUCAGUCGACCCCGGCUCUGACUGGAACGCCCCCUCUGAAGCCUGGGGCAACUAUGAAGAACCUACUCCUGCGCCCCCUCCCACUCAGGAGCAGUCCAUCCAUGAGCCUGCCAAGGUUAAUCUGCUGAUUGGAGCAACUGAAGAUGAAGAGGAUGAAAAGGACAAGGUAGACAGUGCUGCUGAUGGAGCAGCUAAAACUAAAAAGAGGAAGAAGAAGAAGAAGAAGGCUGCAGAAGAGGGAGGAGCAGCGGGCCAGGGCGAAGAGCCAGAGAAGGAGGUCGUUCCUGCAGCUGCAGUGAAGAAGCAGUCACCCGCUCAGGAGGAUGCUGCUGCUGCCACCAUCCACUUUGUCAAAGCAGCUGCUGCUGUCCCGGCUAGAGUGGAGCAACCAGUGAAGGACAACACAUCCCAGAAGCCCCCUGUCACACAAGUGCCACCGAAGCCAACUGAGGGAGAGCCCACUGCCAAGCAGACCAGCCUUCCUGCUCCGACACAACAAAAAAAACCCGAGGAGAGCCAAGUGCCCAGACCAGCAAAGAAGAAGAAGGCCAGGAGAGAGACAUGAGACCGAGUCCACUCUGCAGACCUCUGUAUGCAAAAGACUUCCUAUCCUGUUUAUGCAACACCUUUUGUGACGAGAACUUUGAACUAAGAUUUUCAUGAUGGACUUGCCCAUCUGGAAAAUGAAAAUGAUUUUUAUGCACGUCGAGCAUAUGACGAUGGAUCAUUGAAAACAACAGAUGCAGCGGUGUUGACUUUCAAGUAUGGGUGUGAUACUGAUCCUGUCUUCUAAUUCCAUUGAAUCAAGUAACUGAUUGAAAGAACUGUAUUGUCAUAAAUAGAUGUGUAGAAAAUACUUAUCAUGUUUAGAAACUUGGUGUUGUGAUGGCUAACGACUGGAGUUUACUGUGUAGAGAAUAAGAACAGUCAACGUGCAUCAGGUCACACCGGACCUUGAUGUUGUACUGGCCUUUGCUUUACAGUCUUUUAUUGUGCUCUGACAUCUGAGCUGUGACGGUACAGAGAGCACUGUUGAGCUGAAAUGGGCAAAUGUUAACUUCACUACAGUGGUUCUGGCCCAACAGGAUGUAAACAUUUGUGACAUAAGACGAUGCUCACGUCUUAUGUCACAAAUGUUUACAUUUACUUGUUACAGAUAAAGGAAUCAGAUCUGCUCUGUAUUUUUGCAUCGUUGUGUGACUACAUUUCAUCCACACAGUCCAUCUGCUUUGUCUCUUGUCUGGUGCUGUAUUGUGGUCUGUUGACACAACUGUUGCUGGUUUUACUAUCCGACUGCAUUGUGGCUGGAGCUGUACUGGGACCUUCUGAUCAUAGAUGUGCCAUUGCAGUGACCCCUUUGUGUUUUCCCACCCGCUGUUGAUUUGGAAGUCUUCAGAACCUUUUGUAAAACCUGUUUGUAAUAAAAGAAAAGCCUAAAGCCAUAUGUAAAAAGACUAAAUAAAGGCCAGUUUUUCUA